ACAAAUUUAGCCACACCAUGACACGUUUCUCUCUCUCAUAUUAACAAAAACCGCUUUAAAGAUACAUUUACAUCAUCCUUACUCCAAAUUCAAACCUUCUUCCCAAUACAUAACUUGCAUUGAUCACAUGAUAUAUACAACUAUAUAGAGUGAAUAAUCUCAUUAUUUGUGUGUUUGGGGAAGAGAGUGGAAAACAGCAUGCGUUUAUGUUGAAAAAAUUCACGAGGAGAAGAAGGACAAAAGAGGAAAAGUGAAUCAUUUAAGGUAUAUAUAACCAAUAACCAAUCUUAUAUAAAUUUUUAUCUUAUGUUUUUCUUCACGCAAGAAGCAAAAAUGUUUAGGUUAAGCCUUUGCUCCUUCGCGUGGCUUUAAAGAAUUUUUCUUAAAUUUCCUCAUUAAAUCACUAGCUAUAUAACCCCACCAAAUAUUCCUACAAACACUACCUUAAUUCUUUCCUUUCAAUUUUUCCUUCAUAGAUCAUAUGACUCUCACAAAUUUAAUCAAACCCUAGUUUUUUUAAACCUAAUUAUUACAUCUAAAAAAAACCAUAGCUAUAGACAUUAAAACAAAAACAAAAAUAUUAAUUACCCUUUAGAGAUGAGUCUAAACUCUAGUGGCAGCGGAAGCGGUGGUGGCGGCGGAAGCAGUGGAAGCCCUUGUGGGGCUUGCAAGUUUUUGAGGAGGAAGUGUGUGCAAGGGUGUGUUUUUGCUCCAUACUUCGAUUCGGAGCAUGGAACAACACACUUUGCAGCUGUGCAUAAAGUGUUUGGGGCUAGCAAUGUAUCCAAACUCCUUCUUGGCAUUCCAACUGGUAGGAGGCUUGAUGCUGCAGUCUCUCUUUGCUAUGAAGCUCAAUCAAGGUUGAGAGAUCCUAUCUAUGGAUGUGUUGGUCACAUCGUUGCCCUUCAGCAACAGGUGAUGAGUUUACAAGCUGAACUCUCCUACUUACAAAGCCACAUUAAUUCAUCUGGGCUAACCCAACAACCACCGCUACCACCACCACAGGCGACCGCGGCCCCAACAGUCUUCUCCUUUGCUGACCUACCACCAACCACCGCCACAACCAUGCCGGUCACCUAUGAUAUGUCUACACUUUUCGACUCAAUGGGACAACCUUCAUUCUCCAUGCAACAACAGAGGUCCAGUAUUGAUCCACGUCAAUACUUAGCUGCUCAUCAUCAUGCCCCAACAUCAACCACUGCUGGGAUUCAAUCAGUGGCAUGUGACCUUACUCAUAGACAAAUUGGCUCUUCAUCUGUACCAUCCUCCAAUGCCUCAUCAUCUGCUUCGUUUUCCAAAUUUUCUAAAUGAUCAUUCAUGUUUUGAAUAUAAUACAUUAAUAUAUUCUGUUGUCUAUUACAAAAAUCUGUCUUUCUUUUUUCAUCCUUCGGCCAGACAUGGGAUAUAUAUUAGCAAGGGAUUUUAAAUUUUCAAGCAUUUUUCAGUAUAGACCAAUUAAUUAUUAUGUAUUAAUCUGCUGCCAAAAAUAACUAUGAUCGUGGUUAUAUUGUUA